GGAAGAGGAAGGUCGCCCCUUCCCCAAGAUGGCGGCGCCCAGGCGCGGCGUGGCUGAAGGGAAGAUGAAGCGGCCGGCGGCCGCCCGCGCUCGCCGCGGCGGGAAGCUGGACAGACUGCGGCAGGCGGUGCAGGAGUUCGUGCAGGCAGCCGGCGACCAGCCGCCGCUGUCCCUGCAGAAAGACUCGGAGAAGCAGAACCGCAGGAGCCGCCGCGACGCGAGGAAGGAGAAGCGCAGGCUCAAGCGGAGCCGCCGCCGCCGCCUCCGACGCGGGGAGCCGGUGGAGGCCCCCGCCGCCCCGGCCAAGGCGGCUCCGGCCAAGGCGGCUCCGGCCAAGCCGGCCCCGGCCGCCCGCCCCAGAGCCCCGGCCUCCCCCGCCGCCGCCGGGAAGCAGCGGCCGGGGCCGCCGCUGCCGGCACCGGCGCCCCGCGCCGCCCUCCCCGCCGCCGCGAUCGCCUCGGCGCGCAAGCGGGCCCUGCUGGAGGCCAACGAGGAGGAGGAGAAGGAGAUCCGGCGCCUGGAGCGGCGGCUGGGGCUCGGCAAGCGCCGCAAGAAGCAGGAGGGGGCCGCGGCGGAGAAGCUGCCUCAGAGCUUCCUGCGGGACGGGCUGGGCUACGUGCUGGGCGCCCUGGGCUGCCGGGCCGGCCUCAGCAGGCUGUGCGAGAGCAGCGACGAGGAGGAGGCCCCGGCGGGGCCGCGGGAGGGCCAGCCGGCGCCGGAGGAGGACGAGGAGGGGUCGGAGGUCGCCUCAGACCCCUCCGAGGAGGGUGAUGUGGACGGACAGCGGGAGAGCGAGAGCUCGUCCUCGUCCCCCGAGGACGGCGGGGCGCCUGAGGCCAGCGAGCCCCCGGGGGAGGAGGAGGAGGAGGAGGAGGAGAGUCUUAAUCACAGUGCUGUGAAGUAUGUUCCCCCUCAAGUAAGGAAAGCUCAGGAGACACUAAAUGACAAGAAGAGAGAAGAAUUGGGAAGACUGAAGAAAAUGGUGAAUGGUCUUAUUAAUAGGUUGAGUGAACUGAAUUUGUCCUCAAUUAGUGGACAGAUGGAAGAGCUUUACAUGGCCAACAGCAGAAAGGACAUGAAUGAAACUCUGACAGAUAUUCUCAUGAAUGCUUGUGUUACUGCAGUUGCCAUGCCUGCAAGAUUGAUGAUGGAGCAUGUCCUUUUGGUCAGCAUUCUUCAUCAUAAUGUAGGAAUUGAGGUUGGUGCUCGCUUUUUGGAAGCUGUGGUGAAGAAAUUUGAUGAACUCUGUAAGAGUGAUGCUGAAGGGAAAGAAUGUGAAAAUCUGCUUGCCUUGAUUGCUCAUCUGUAUAACUUCCAUGUGGUUCAUUCCCUGCUGAUCUUUGAUAUUCUGAAAAAACUUGUUAGCACUUUCACUGAAAAAGAGAUUGAGUUGAUUUUGUUUCUUCUGAAAAACGUGGGAUUUUCCUUAAGAAAAGAUGAUGCGUUGGCUUUGAAGGAACUGAUCACUGAAGCCCAGAGGAAAGCAAACACAGCAGACAAGAAACUCCAGGAUCAGACUAGGGUUCGUUUUAUGCUAGAGACUAUGUUGGCACUAAGGAAUAAUGAUAUGCGUAAGAUUCCUGGUUAUGAUCCUGAACCAGUUGAAAAACUCCGCAAAUUGCAAAGAACACUGGUUCGCAGCAGCGGUUCUGGAAAAGACACUCAGCUCCGUGUCUCCCUGGAAUCUCUCCUCAGUGCUGAUCAGGUUGGUCGCUGGUGGAUCGUAGGGUCAUCCUGGAGUGGAGCACCAAUGAUCGAUGAUACAAACAGCAAGACUCAGCAAAAACUGCAUAUAGGAAAGGUGAGUUCGAAGAUAAUGGAGCUUGCUCGUAAGCAGAGAAUGAACACUGAUAUCAGGAGAAGUAUUUUUUGUGUCUUGAUGACAAGUGAAGACUUCCUGGAUGCCUUUGAAAAGCUUCUCAAGCUUGGACUGAAAGAUCAGCAGGAGAGAGAAAUUGUUCAUGUUAUCCUUUACUGCUGUUUACAGGAGAAGACGUAUAACCCCUUCUAUGCAUUUUUGGCUAACAAGUUUUGCGAAUGUGAAAGGCGAUUUCAGGUGACAUUUCAGUUUAGUAUUUGGGACAAAAUCAGAGACUUAGAAAACCUGUCAGCCACUGCCAUCUCCAACUUGGUUUCACUGUUGGCUCACUUGUUAAGGACAAAAUCAUUGCCACUUUCAGUUCUCAAGGUAAUUGAAUUCAGCGAACUAGAUAAAACCAAGGUCCGUUUCUUGCGACAAGUGUUAAGCAUGCUGUUAAUCAAAACAGAUGCUGAAGAACUUAGUGACAUUUUUGUGAGGCUAUCUGACAACCCCAAACUGGGAAUGCUACGGGAAGGCUUGAAACUCUUCCUUACCCACUUCUUACUGAAAAAUGUACAAGCCCAAAAAAAUGCUGAAGAAGCUAGCGUAUUAAAAGAAAGAGUUGAACUAGCAACCAAGGCUUUGCAAGCGAAAGAAUCCAAAUUGAAGCUAUAGUUCUGUUUUUCUAAUAAAACAUAUAGAAAAACA